AGAAAAAAGAAUAUACUAAGGCGACCAUUGUCCCUUUGAUUUUAUUUUCCAUUAAAACAAACUCUUCCUUCCGGCCGACAAAAGAAGGAAAGAAUAGGAAGAAAUGGAUGUUCUGGGUCUUGUGAGGAUUCGUGUCCGCCGAGGAAUCAAUCUCGCCGUGCGCGACACUGUCAGCAGCGAUCCUUAUUGCGUCAUCACCUGCGCUACUCAGAAAGUGAAAACUAAGGUUGUGAGAGGAACCUGCAACCCCGUGUGGAACGAGGAGCUCACUAUUUACAUUAAGGACCUCGAUGUUCCUAUCGUUCUGUGUGUGUUCGACAAAGACACGUUCACGGUGGAUGACAGCAUGGGAAGAGCAGAAAUAGACAUAAAACCAUUGAUAGAAUGUCUGAGGAUGGGAUUGGAAGGCCUGCCAGAUGGCACUAAAGUUGACAGGGUUCAGCCGAGUAAAGAGAAUUCCUUAGCCGACGAGAGCUGUAUUAUUUGGAACAAAGGCGGCAAAAUGACGCAAGACAUGCUUCUCAGACUUGACGACGUCGAGUGCGGUCAAAUUGAGAUCCAAAUCGAAUGGAUUCAACUUCCCGGUAACAAAGGUCUCUAAAGAACUUAAUACUUUGUCUGAAACAAAAACGAUAAUGAGUUGAUUAGGUAUGCAACAUAAAUAAGAGUGCUUGCAUUCCUUGGUGAUUUAUGUAUAAACCUUCAUUUUUACGAAACUUGUAUAUUUUUGUUUGUUUUCCAUAUGUAAUUUAUCGACUUUCAUGCAUGUUUUGCCCUUUCUUAAGUCCAUGUAUCUCAUGUAAUGGGGGUUAAUUCCCAUGCUAUUGUUCGGGGGGGAAAACGUGUUAUAGUAACAGGUUCGAGACUUGAGAUUUUGUGAAAUA